AUGGGCACAUGCCAGGCGGAAGCGUGCGCGAUCCAGGACUGUCUCGACCGCAACGGGUACAACGAGGCCAAGUGCCAGGCGGCGGUGCGGCGGCUGUACGAGUGCUGCGCGGAGAUGUAUGCGCGCGAGGGAGAGGCCAAGAGCCCGUCGUGUCCGACGCCGCAGGUCGUGCAGCGCAAGCUCAAGCAGCUUGAGCGGGAGGCGGCGGGGUGA